AUGGCAUCUCACUCGAUGCCACUCCAAUCUACAUAUGACAGCCAAAUACUACCAUAUGCCGAUUUGGAGGAUCUCAAAGAAGCCGAGAUCGAAGACAGACACCUAAAAACGCGCAUACGCAAACUACGCAUCGUAUCUCGCACCCUUGCCUUGUUCAUAUCCAUCGCAGUCCUUGUUCCCACUGCGCUCACCCUCUACAAGUUCCUCAGCACACGAACGAUCUACCGCACCGUCGCACUUCCCAGCGGCCAAAGCGUUUCGCGUACACCCUGGGCUCACAACACGCGCGCAUGGCCAACAUACAUGUACUUUGGCGUUGCGGCCGUCUCCGUGCUGCUCAAUUUCACAACAAUGUUCUCUUAUAAAUUUGGCAUUGAGAAAGCCAACGUAGCAAGCGUCGUUACGAGUACUUUCAGCUGGAUCAAUCUCAUUGGGAACCUCGUGGUAUGGUGUGUAGCUGCAGGCUUGUAUCGCGCGGAGAAGAACAAGAACGGAAAGAGUAACGAUCUCUGGGGAUGGACAUGUAGUGCAGGUGCGAGGGCGAUCCAGAAAGAAUUUGUGGGCGAUAUUGAUUUCGGCAGAUAUUGCAACGUGCAGUUUCCAGGUGAAGUUACUUCUCCAUUGUUUACAGCAUACUCGGCUGUUGCUCCACCCAGCGACCCCACCUCAACAUUCAGCCCGUCGAGUCACUACACUACAUUCAUCACUUCCGGGAUCCCCUUUCCGUCUUCUGUGUCCACCAGCCAAACGAAAGUGCAGUCCUCAACACCAGGCACACCUUCUUAUUCGACUCCCCAAUCGCAAACCUCAUCAACCGAUACUAUCCCUGCUGACCCUAACAUCCCUUUUCGUCCUGGCUACCGCUCAGUAGCUUAUUACGGGAGCUGGGACAUCUAUACACGGAACUUCCAGCCCCAAGAGAUACCAGCAAAGCGGUUGACCCAUUUGCUUUACUCAUUUGCUGAUAACAAGCCUGAUGGCACCGUCUUCUUGACAGACUCACACGCCGAUGCGGAGAAGCACUAUGCAACCGAUUCCUGGAACGAUGUGGGAAAUAAUUUGUACGGAUCACUCAAGCAGCUCCAGAUUCUGAAAGCCAAGAACAGGAACUUGAAGGUGCUAUUGAGCAUAGGCGGAUGGACAUAUACCAACACAAACAAGCACAUGGACGGCCCUAUGGCUACGGCUGAAGGCCGGCAGCGCUUUGCAUCUUCUUGUGUUGAAUUGAUCCGCGACUAUGGCUUUGAUGGGAUUGACGUGGAUUGGGAAUAUCCUAAGGACAAAGAGCAAGGGCAUCAAUGGCUGGAGCUGUUGAAGGAGAUUAGGAGCCAGAUGAACAAAUAUGCCGAUAAGCUCGUGCAUAAGGACGACUCUGGAUAUGAACUGAAGCCGAAGUUCCUUUUGACGAUUGCCUCGCCGGCUGGUGAGAAGAAUUACAGGAAUCUGCCUUUGAGGGAAAUAAGCGAAGUUACCGAUUUUAUAAACCUGAUGGCAUACGACUACGCUGGUUCCUGGGACAAGCAAACCGGCCAUAACUCGAAUCUCUAUCCUUCAACGUCGAAUCCCCUGAGCACACCCUUCAAUACAGCUUCUGUCCUGGCCGCCUACAACGCUGCUGGCGUUCCGUCCUCCAAACUCAACCUUGGCAUGCCGCUCUAUGGUCGCUCCUUCACCAAUACUCAAGGUGUAGGGAAGUCAUUCGACAGUACUGGCGAGGGGUCGUUCGAGAAGGGCAUCUAUGACUUCAAGGACCUACCGGUAGCAGGUGCACAAGAGUAUUAUGAUGAGGAGGUUGGUGCAUCCUAUAGCUAUGACGAGGGAAGCGGCACAUUUGUCAGCUACGAUACUAUGGCCAUGGCGCUGAAGAAGGUUGACUACAUUGCGCAACAAAAAUUGGGUGGCGCCAUGUGGUGGGAGAUCAGCGGUGACAGGACGGAUAACGCCGGGAGCAUUGUGCAAAAUAUUAUUGAGAAAAUGCGCGGCGGCGGAAGUGGCGCAGGCAUUGAGUCGUCCUCCAACUGGCUCCUGUACCCGGACUCAAAGUUUGACAACAUCAGGAAUGGCGUCCUCACGCCACAAGUCGCCCAGCGGCUGCGUAGGGCCUGA